UUUAUACUGUCAGACUGUCACACUGGUGGUAUAUGUAUUUCUGUGCUGAAAAUUUACAAAAAUUCGAUUCUUUCUUUUGAGGCAAACAAAAAAAGUGCAUGUAAAAUCGAGCCGAGCCUCGCCAUCAUACUUCGUUGUUAUCAGAGUCGCGCUUACGAUUUGCAUAAGCCUAAGCGGUAAUCGAACGUUCUCUAAGGCCAUAAUAGGGCGGGUGGCGACGGAGAAGCAGAAGCCACGCAGUUGAAUUAACAAGGUAAGUUAAGGUAAAAGCAAUCAAAUCUACAUCACGUCACAGCGGUGACCAGAGGCUUAACCGAGUUUCUGCCCUGAGAGCACUAUGUCCGAAGCCAUGAGCGCUCCUCCGCCCUUGAUACCCCAGCUGCAGGAAAUGCAGCAACAGCAGCAGCAACAGCAGCAGGCCAACUCCGCAGCCCAGCAGUGGACAAACUACGCGUGGUAUGCCAACCAGAAUGCAGCCGCCUACCAACAGCAGUACCAGCAGUACUAUCAGUACUAUAUGCGGUACCAGCAGCAGCAGCAACAGGUAACCUCAACGAUAAGCUCGUCAAACGCGCCACCCGGAUUUAGCAACGCCUUGGCAGCGCCUCCACCUCCGCCCCUGGGACCUCCUCCACCACCACCCAAAUCCACUCAACCGAUAAACACCAACAAGUUGCAGCCUCAGCAGCAGCAACAGCAGCAAAAGAAUUUUGGAGGGAUACGUUUUAACUUGAAUUUAAAUCAAAAACGCUUGGCGAAUGCACCCAAUCCCCUUCAACAGCAGCAGCAGCAACAACAACAACAACAGCAGCAGCAGCUUAUUCAGCAGCAACAACAGAUCCAGCAGCAUCAACAGCAGCCGACCCAAUUUUUCAACAACAAUAGUAACAUAAAUACUGUUAACAAGAAGAAGCGGAAGCGAAACAACAAGAACAAAAACGCGAGCUUCGAUCAAAAUACAUACAAUAAUCCGUUUAACAAUAUAGCUACGCCCAUAGCACCACCGCCCCCCACUAUCAGCGAUGUGGUGGUGCCCAGCACGCCAGAUCUAAGCAAGCCACCCCCGCCCCUGCCCCAGGCUCUGGCCGCCAUUGUUGAGCCCACACAACCUGAGCCGAAGAUCUGCUCCUCUCCAGCUGCUCCCGCAGCGUUUAAGCGUCCCAACAGCUUCCAGAUGGCCUCUAAUGACUCCUGGCCAGACUCGUUGAAUCAGUAUGUUGCACGGUGCUACUCCAAAUGCAACACGGACCUGGAUAAGGAUCAGAUAGACAUAUGUCUGAAGGGGAAGAUCAUGGCAGCGGCCAAUCGAAAUGAGUUGUGGACCAGAGACUGGGACAACGAGCCUAUGCCAACGGUGCACAGCGAGAGAGACGGCAUCGAGGUGGUACUUAGCCACGCAACUCCUCCACAGCCCGAAAGGAGCAACUACUUUAAUAAGAAACGUGAGUUGGAGCAGGAGCGGGAAAGAGACCGGGAGCGGGAGCAGGAGCAGGAGAAGCCGGCCAAGUCACCGAAUGUUAAUCAAUUCAAGCAAAGGGGGAAUCAAUUCAAUAAAAUGGCAUCCAAUUACGGCCAUCACCAGUCUUCGUCGCGUUAUUCCAGGAGUCGUUCGCGGUCCCCGUCGUCAUCGACCUCAUCGAAAUACACUCACAAGAAACGUUAUUCGCGAUCUCAUUCACGUUCGCGUUCGGGUUCCCGCACCAGCGAUGCUGGUAGUCCGCCGUCGCGUAAAGUUCCUCGUAAAUCGGGAUCCAACGAAUCAAUGGAUUUUAUAUCCUUAAACGCGAACCUCUCUCGCAAGCAGCAGAAAAUGUUAAUGAAGAAAAGCAAAAGACUAGCUGCAGCAGCGGGAUCCGCCGCAUCGCAUACUGGCCACUCCAAGAAAAAGCCGCACUUCUAUUCAAAACAGUCGUCUGUGGGUGGGGCCGUUGAUGAUGACACAGCGCGCUUGCAACAGCGUGCGGCACGUUUCUCGCAGCAGGGCUCCGGCUUGGCUAAGAAAUCUGUCGUCGCCAUUGCAAGUUCGCCCUUUGGUCUCACUACGGCCAAGAACCGGAAGAAAAUGAUGCAGCAGCAGCAUCAUCGUUCUGCCUUCUACGAGGAUUUGGACCCGGCUAGCGGUUUAGAUUUGCUCGAUUUGCACAUUGUAGGAACUUGUAGGGAUCUAGAGAAAUCGUUUUUGCGCCUAACAAAGGCCCCAUCCCCUUCGGAAGUGCGGCCAGUCGAAGUCCUUACCCAUUCGCUGUCCAACGUAAAGAGCAAGUGGCGUGCCAACCAGGAUUAUCAUUAUGCGUGUGAUCAGUUGAAGUCCUUAAGGCAAGAUCUAACUGUGCAAGGUAUUCGCGAUCAGUUCACUGUUGAGGUGUAUGAGACUCAUGCGCGUAUUGCCAUGGAGAAGGGUGACCACGAGGAAUUCAAUCAGUGCCAGACGCAACUGAAGAUGCUCUACAUUGAGCUGGGUGGCCAGAGCCCCAAUUCCAUGGAGUUUACGGCAUAUCGCAUACUUUACUACAUAUUUACAAAGAAUACCUUGGACAUUACGACAGUCCUGCGCUCGAUAUCAGCUGAUCAACGCGAGAAUCCUGCCAUUGCGCAUGCCUUGCAGUUCCGUUCGGCGUGGUCGUUGGGCAACUAUUGCAAAUUGUUUGCUCUAUAUAAGACAGCGCCGCUCAUGUCGGGCCACAUGAUUGAAUGGUUUUUGGAAAGAGAACGCAAGGCUGCUCUGCGUGUAAUCAUUAAAUCCUAUCGUCCAAGCAUUAGCGUCGAAUAUGUUUGCAAUAUAUUGGCUUUUGAUAGCUUUGAGAAAUGCAAAGAAUGGCUCGAUACCUUUAGUUUGCCUUAUGCCUCGAGCGGUGCGCAAAUCGAUUGUAAAAAUGCAGCUGCCAUAGCCAUUUGAAGCAAUCCGUUUAGAAAACAGAAACACAUCUGAGAGAACACACAUUUACCCUUUGUACCUACCAUUUCCGAACUUCUCGGAGACAGGUACUCGUUUUAGGAACGCCGAUUCCCCUCCCUAUCCGCUUGUAACCAAUUUGUAAAUAUUUUAGGUAUUUUUAGUGCUCGCGUUUCCCUGAAAGAAAGUAUUGAUUUCCUUUUCAAACAUUCUUAUCCUGAACAAGUGCCCCUUCAGUUUCGAUUUAUCUACGAAGCGAUAGAAACUACCUCAAACACUCAUUUUUUGCAAGAACAAUAAUUCAAAACUCGACUAAGUACACUGUGGACACGGAAUUUUCUGUUCUAAAUCAACUGGCUAUGUAACUCGAUAAGGAACUGGAUCACAAGCAUAGGAGAACCAAAAUGGAAACUAUUGAUUGAGAAUGCAUCUGCUCGAGCUUUGCUUACUAUUGUUCCCAAAUGGAUGAUGGGGUUCAGGUUCGGUGCAUAGCGUAUUUCGCUGGAUUGGAUAAACUCUUUCCUUCAGGAUCUGGCACUACCAUUGGAAUUGGGUUAUUGGAUUGGAUUAAAGGAACAACGAUUUUCAUCUUUUCAUCGUUGGUCUCCAAAAAGUUUCUGAUUGAAAUAUUGCAGAAACCCCAUUAUUAAUCCUACGGGAACGGGUCAUGGACUACUGCUGCAAAAUUGAAAUGUAGCUGGAUCAAGCUAUGACCGCUCUCCGGUCCAUUAAUUACUCGAUUAAGCCUGACCUAACAAACUAUUGUUUACAAAAGCAAAAAAACAGCGUGAAGCUAUAACCAAACUCCAAGAGCUAACGUGUGCUGUGUGCUGAAAACAAAUUUUUGUUUCUCUGUUUUUUAACCUUUUUUCCCCCUUUUCACUUCAUAUUUAAACUAAUAUUAAGGCUUAGGUUUAAUGUUUGUUGUCUUCUUUAAAUUAUUGAAAUGGUUUAUACUAAUGUCUUGUCUCUCUAUUGUAUACCUGUAUAUAUACAACCAUCACCACAACCACCACCAGUACCAGAUCCAGAACCAGAACUGCAACAAUGAUGCAACAAGCAGCCCAACCAAUGCGGCAAUCGCUUCGGAAUUCGUGGAGUACGGCGAACUCAAUCUGGCCGGUCUCUCCCGUCUCGAAAUCAGCCAUCCAUUCAAGUGAAGUCGGCAAGUUUGCGCGCCAUUUGUAAGCUCUUCCAAUUUUAAUUCGUGACAUUAGCUGUAAACUAAAUUGGGUCUAUGGGUCUAUUAGGAAUUGGCUAAGAUUAUUAAACAAAACCAUUUCUACACUGGGGGAAAGUUGAAAAAGAAUACUACACUAUGUAGUAAAUUGUACAAUAGAUUAGUGCUAAUGCCAUCUUCUUAAGCUAAGUUUACCUGUUACAUUUAUUUUUAACGUCCAUGAUGUUGGAAAAAAGAUGGAAAACAAUUCAAGAUAUUCAAAUGCAUCUUUCCACAGUUCCGGCUCAAGAUGAGAGCCCGUUGCAUGAAAAGUAAAACUAAAACCCCGCUUCUAAAGAAUAAACAGAGAAAAAACCA